AUGGGGCUAAACGCAUCGAAGCGUGUGGAGCGAGUGCUGAGUUCCUCUCCGGAGUUUGAUGCCGCCUGCGAGGCCGUCUAUGACCGCUGCCUGUCGGAGGCGCAGCACGCCUUCCCGUGUGUCCGCCGCUACCAGCUUGUCGAAGCGGCCGCCGGCCUCUACGGCUUGAUUUCCGGGGACAUCACCCUCGUAGGGAGAUGGGUCCCCAAGCCCCCCGGCCGUGCUCAGGUCGAUGCGACCAUCCGAAGGGUUCUCCCUGGCGCUUCUGACGACCUUGCAUGGGCUGAGUUCCGGGCCUUCGCGGUGGAUCUAUUCAGGGAUGCUGUGUUAGCCGGAGCAGGGCGGGCGGUGCUCCGCGGUGUUCCCAUCGGUGUCGCGGGGAUUGCCGGCCUCGGGGUGGCGACGAGGGCCGGAGGGGAGGUGAUAGCUAGGAUUAUGGGAGUGUACGCCGUGGGAAUCACCGCCGCCGUGUACCUGAGCUUGUCGUGA